AUGGAGGAAGGACCCAGACGCGCAACAUGCAUAAAAGGACAUAGAUCAACAUCAUGUCAACAUAAAGAUAGAGUUCUACUUAAAAUCAAAGGAAAAGGUCGUCCUAUUACUCAAUGCACUCAUUGUCGUGAGCUUCGUAAAACUCAAAGAGUUCAUAUAAAAUGUAAUUGUGUUGAAAGAGCAAAGAAAGUUAUGACAGUUGAUAAUUCAUUAACUCUUUACUCAUCACAAUCCAAGUCAGAUUUAUCCAUAAAAAGUUCUAGUAAUGAUUCUUUUGAUUUAUUAAAUAAGAUAAAAUUAGAAGAAUCAUCUAUAAAUUUUGAAAAUUUGAGUGAUAGUGAUAAAUUAAAAGUGGUGACAGGUGUAUUUGCUGUAGAAAAUCACAGCGUUAAUAACAAUGUUGAUUAUAAAGAUGACAAUUCACUUGCAAAUACUUCUUCUUUUUCAUGGAAUAUUAAUAACCACCAUAGCAGUAACUUGACAAUUAAAUCAGAAUCAAUGGAAUCUACUUCUUCAUAUUAUAACAUUCCCAAACAAAACUUACAAGUCAAUGCAAUAGAAGGUGAUUCGCUUGCUCAAAACGCAAAUCAAAAAUAUUCUAACAAAAUGGAAGAGUAUGAUGAAAAAUCAGGAGACUUAAGUGGCGUUUUAGGAGCUGAAUUAUGUCGUGGCACAUCUGACGAGUUGGUUAAUAUGAUUUAUAGUUCAUUUAAAAGUUGUCCUUCGGCUAAUAAAAAUGGAAAUUGCUGUGGUUCUAGCUCAAAGUCAAUCUGUAGAUGUGGCAGUGGAUGUAAAUGUGAAGGAUGUAAUUCACAUACAUUAAGAGUUGAUGCGAAUUCUCAAGUACAACCUAAUCUAUCAAUACCCAAGUCAUGUUGUAGUACAGCUCAUAUUAUUUCAAAACCUAAACAUACAGUAAUAAUAGAUGAAGAUGGAGUUCCUUUAUGUGGGUGUGGUUGCAAAAAGCCAAAUUCUGAAUGCUCUGAUUGUGUUGAAAAUUUAUGCGAAGCAGUGAAUGGAGAAGAUAAGAAGAAUAUGAUUUAUUGCUCAACAAAGGAACGGUAUUCUCAAGCUGGAUUCAUAAGAGCAAGGAAAAAAGUGAGAAAUAUUCCAGCAUCACCAUGUGAAGCCAACACCUUGUGCCGUGGAAUUCAAAAAGAGCAUGCAUAUGUUGGAGAAUAUAUUAAAGAUAUUGUUAUAGAAACUUUAUAUUGA